GUUAACUAGGACACACCUGUUGCCCACAGCGUUUGUUCUCGUUGUUAAAAUUGCCGCAUUGGGCUUAACGAACACACUCAUCCGAUACUUGACAAUAAUCUUAAAGAAACAUUUACAACAUCAACGUCAGCUUUAAGCCUAAGAACGAACUCAAAUUGAGGUUUGGGCGUACAUUUUCUUACUGCCAUUGCAACAGCGAGUGCUCUCGUCAACUGUCAAUUGUAAACCGUGAUUCAACAAAAUGGGUCGAAAAAUCACCGUCGCCAUUUCAACGCUUAAUCAGUGGGCACUCGACUUCGAAGGUAAUUUGGCGCGCAUAUUACAAUCCAUAUUGGAAGCAAAAGAUAUGGGCGCCUGUUAUCGUACCGGCCCAGAACUGGAAGUAACUGGCUACAGCUGCGAAGAUCACUUUUUCGAACCCGACACAUAUCUUCACUCGUGGGAGGUACUCUUGGAGAUAAUGCUCUCGCCGCUUUGUGAAAAUAUGCUUAUCGAUGUUGGUAUGCCGGUCAUGCACCGCAAUGUUACCUAUAAUUGCCGCGUUGCCUUUUUCAAUCGCCAAAUAUUGCUUAUUCGCCCCAAAAUGGCAAUGGCCGAUGACGACAACUACAGAGAAUCGCGCUGGUUUACUUCCUGGACGAAGGCCCUCCAAACGGAAGAGUAUUUUCUGCCACGAAUGAUUUCUCAACAUACCGGCCAGACGACUGUGCCAUUUGGCGAUGCGGUUAUCGCUACAAAGGACACCUGCAUCGGCUAUGAGAUUUGCGAAGAAUUGUGGAAUGUGCGCAGCAAGCAUAUCGACAUGUCACUUUCCGGCGUAGAGAUAAUAGUGAAUGGUUCUGGGUCUUACAUGGAACUUCGCAAAGCCCACAUAACCACCGAUCUCAUACGAAAUGCCAGUUUUAAGGCAGGUGGCGCCUAUUUGUUCAGCAAUUUGCGAGGCUGCGAUGGGCAACGAGUCUAUUUCAAUGGUUGCUCCGCCAUAGCAAUGAAUGGCGAAAUUAUCGCCCGAAGCAAACAAUUUGCUCUGCAGGAUGUGGAAGUAACUUUGGCCACAAUUGAUCUCGAGGAGAUACGUUCCUACCGCGUUGGGCUGCGUUCUCGUUGCAAUUACGCUGCCUCCGCGCCCAACUAUCCGCGCAUCACUUGUGACUUUGAGAUGUCGACGCAUAAUGACAUCUUUAAAACCUCCUCGACACCAAUGCAGUGGAUUUAUCAUACACCCGAGGAGGAAAUCGCCAUGGGCCCCGCCUGCUGGUUAUGGGACUACCUGCGUCGCUCCGGUCAAGGUGGAUUCUUUUUGCCACUCAGUGGGGGUGUCGACUCAAGCAGUUCCGCCACAAUUGUUUACUCCAUGUGUCGCAUGAUCGUGAACGCCGUGCAAGGUGGUGAUGCUCAGGUGCUCCACGAUAUACGCAAAAUACUGGCCGACUCCGAAUAUACGCCUGACGAUCCGGCAACCCUCUGCAAUCGCCUUUUGGUCACAUGCUUUAUGGGCAGUGUCAAUUCCAGCAAAGAGACACGCCGUCGAGCUGCGCAGUUAGCUAACCAAAUAGGCAGCUACCACAUCGAAAUCAGCAUCGACACUGCCGUCAAUGCGUUGUUGAGCGUCUUCAACGCGGUCACAGGUCUAACGCCACGUUUUCGCACACAGGGAGGAUGUGCGCGUCAAAAUCUGGCGCUACAAAAUAUACAAUCACGCAUACGUAUGGUCCUGGCGUAUAUGUUUGCGCAACUAAUGUUAUGGGUACGCAAUCGUCCGGGCGGACUGUUGGUACUAGGCUCAGCGAAUGUCGAUGAGGCCUUGCGUGGCUAUAUGACGAAAUACGACUGCUCAUCGGCGGACGUAAAUCCCAUCGGUGGAAUUUCUAAAACCGACUUGCGGCGUUUUCUUAACUACGCGAAAGAGAAAUUUAAUUUAACUGUAUUAGAGUCAAUUAUUGAAGCGCCUCCCACUGCUGAACUGGAACCACUUCAAGAUGGUCAACUAGUGCAGACAGACGAACAAGAUAUGGGGAUGACUUAUGCUGAGCUGAGUGAAUACGGACGUUUGCGCAGACAAGCACGCUGUGGACCUUACAGCAUGUUUUGCAAGUUGGUGGCUACAUGGCACGCUGAUCUGAGUCCCAAAGAGGUUGCUGACAAGGUGAAGCACUUCUUCCGUUGCUACGCCAUAAAUCGGCACAAAAUGACUGUACUAACACCUUCGGUGCACGCUGAAAGCUACAGUCCGGACGACAACCGCUUCGAUCAUCGUCCUUUCCUGUACCGCGCCAACUGGAGUUGGCAAUUUAAGGGCAUCGACGAUGAAGUUGAAAAACUUCAGCCUGGCUACACAUCCACCUCAACACAUAUGCGUCCGAGCAGCGAUGAUAUGUUGCCUCACGAAUCGCUGCAUCGUUCCUUACAUCGCUCAUCACAUUUAGAUUCGAAGAACUCUUCGCCGUUAUCGUGCUCUUCAAUCGACGGAGGUGGCGCUGGAACCAGCGGUAAUAUGGGCACUUUGGGUAAAAAGCAUAGUGGCUAUUCGAAGGUGCAUGUUAACGUGCUCGGAAAGAUUAAGGAUCGCACAGGCAUACCGGUUUAGGAUAUGUGGUUUGAGGAAUGGCAUUUCGACAUUUCUGUCACAACGAAUAAAGUGAAUAGGUAGUAGUUGUGCCGCAUUCAUGCACAUAGCUGUGGGUUGUAAAUCUUUCGUCAAUUUGUAAGUAAAUUUAAAGCUUCCUUAAUUAUUUUUUUAACAAUGACUGAACGGCCCAGUUUUUUUCUUGUUACAUCCACCAUAUAUAUCAAAGAUUUGUUGAUCGUUAAUAUAAAAUUUGUUUGUUAAUAUUAUCCGCAAUGCGCUCAUUGAUUUUGUUAAAUGUUUUAAUUUCUAAAAUGCGAAAAGUUUUGACAAAAUUUAAAAGUUGUAAUAAACUAUUGUAUGUACUCCUUUAAAUUCACUAUAAUUCUUUCCUUACUAUUUUCAAUUAUAAAUGCAUUAUUAAUUAUAAGAGUUACUAUGCAAUAAGCUAUAAAUAAGAAUAUCUCUAAGAGGCAGAGUUUACUUUGGAAUCCUUUUCCGUUCAGUAUAUUUUCAGUGUUAACAGGAACAAUAAUUUACACAUUAGUCUGAAAUUGAUUUCUACCAUAUAUAAUUAAACACAUACAUACAUAUA